AGAAAGAGAGAGAGAAGAGGGAGAGUUGUGGGGAAAGCGCAAGACGGCUGCCAAACCAGGGGACUCCUCCAAUUUCCUUGAAAAAGGAAAUCAGCUGACCUUAGUUAAAUUUAACAUUCUCUUAUGUGCAACAGUCGACUUCGGAAACAAACGUGAUGCCUGAUAAGUGCUGCAUCCGAAAGACACACGUGGCCAUCAUCUGUGCGGUGAUAGUGGCUGUGGGACUAAUCGUAGGACUUUCCGUGGGCCUGACCAGACCGUGUAAAUCCUCGGCUGAUUCUGGGCCAAGCCCAGCUCCGUCUGCUAGCCCUUCUGUUUCUCCACCGACCCAGGAGGUGUGCCCUGCCAGUGAAAAUGUCAGCGGAAUGUGGAACAAUUUCAGGCUGCCGGACUUCAUUAACCCCACACACUAUGACCUGGAGCUGAAGCCCCAGCUGGAGCAGGACACAUACACGGGCAACGUGAGCAUCUCCAUCAACCUGACUCGGUCCACCCAGCACCUGUGGCUGCACCUGCGGGAGACCACGAUCACGCAGCUGCCGCAGCUGAGGAGGUCCUCUGGCGAGCAAGUGCAAGUCAGACAGUGCUUUAAAUAUGAAAUCCAUGAAUAUCUGGUGAUCGAGGCAGCAGAAGAGCUUUCAGCCACCACCGACAAUACUUACUACAUCUUGACCUUGGAGUUUGCCGGCUGGCUCAAUGGCUCCCUCGUUGGGUUCUAUAGAACUACGUAUACGGAGAACAACCAAACCAAGAGCAUAGCGGCUACUGAUCAUGAACCGACAGAUGCCAGGAAGUCCUUCCCCUGUUUCGAUGAGCCCAACAAAAAGGCAACUUAUACCAUAUCUAUCAUCCACCCCAAGGAAUAUAGUGCACUUUCAAAUAUGCCAGUAGAGAGCCAAGUGGAAGUGGAUGGCAACUGGUAUCGAACAACUUUUGAGAAGUCUGUCCCCAUGAGCACUUACCUGGUGUGCUUUGCGGUACAUCAAUUCACGGCUGUAGAGAGAACAUCAAAGAGAGGAAUACCUCUCAAAAUUUAUGUCCAGCCAGAGCAAAGUCACACAGCUGAAUAUGCUGCAAAUGUGACCAACAUUAUUUUUGAUUAUUUUGAGGAAUACUUUGGUGUGAAUUACUCUCUUCCUAAAUUAGAUCAAAUUGCUAUUCCAGACUUCGGCACUGGUGCUAUGGAGAACUGGGGUCUCAUCACAUACAGGGAAACCAACUUGCUUUACGACCCAGAGGAAUCAGCCUCAUCAAACCAACAAAGAGUGGCUGCUGUGGUUUCCCACGAACUUGUACAUCAGUGGUUUGGAAAUAUUGUGACCAUGGACUGGUGGGAAGACUUGUGGUUAAAUGAAGGAUUUGCUUCUUUCUUUGAGUUCCUGGGAGUGGCCCAUGCAGAACCAGAUUGGCAGAUGCGUGACCAGAUACUGAAUGAAGAUGUCUUACCUGUACAAGAGGAUGAUUCUUUAAUGUCUUCACAUCCAAUUAUUGUCACUGUGUCCACGCCUGCUGAAAUAACAUCUGUUUUUGAUGGAAUAUCCUACAGCAAGGGAGCUUCCAUCCUGAGGAUGCUGGAAGAUUGGAUCACACCAGAGAAAUUUCAAGAAGGCUGUCAGAGGUACUUGAAAAAUUACCAUUUUCAAAAUGCAAAAACUUCAGAUUUUUGGAAAGCCCUGGAAGAGGCGAGUGGUCUUCCAGUGGCAGAAGUAAUGAACACUUGGACCACACAGAUGGGUUACCCGGUGCUCAGCGUGCGCAACGGGCGGCACAUCACACAGCAGCGCUUCCUGUUGGACUCAAAUGCUGACCCGUCCCAGCCAACCUCAGAACUUGGUUACACAUGGAAUAUUCCUGUAAGAUGGACUGAGAACACUCUAUCAGGAAUUACAGUCUUCAAUAGAUCACAAAGUGACGGAAUUACUCUGAGCAUUUCUGACGAAAGUGCUUUUGCCAAAAUAAACCCAGAUCAUAUUGGAUUUUAUCGUGUAAAUUACGAAGAAGAAACUUGGAACGCAAUAGCUGAGAAUCUUUCCUCAGAUCACUUGGUCUUCUCUUAUGCCGACCGUGCAAGUUUUAUUGAUGAUGCUUUUGCCUUGGCAAGAGCUCAACUUCUGAAUUACACCACGGCUCUGAACCUGACCAAGUAUCUCAAAACAGAAACAGAGUAUAUACCGUGGCAAAGAGCCAUUGCAGCUGUAGACUACAUCAUUAGCAUGUUUGAAGAUGAUACUGAAGUAUACCCAAAGAUAGAGCGCUACUUCAGAGCUCUAAUCAAGCCCAUUGCUGAUAAUCUGGGAUGGGAUGACACCGGAAACCAUCUCACCAAGUUACUGCGUACCUCUGUGUUAGGAUUUGCGUGCAGGAUGGGAGAUGAAGAAGCCUUGAGAAAUGCUUCCCAGUUAUUUGAGCAGUGGGUCAGUACAGCAGUAAGUCUCCCCGUCAAUCUCAGACUUCUGGUGUAUCGCUAUGGGAUGUAUAGCUCUGGCAACGAGACUUCAUGGAACUACACACUUGACCAAUACCAAACAACUCCCUUAGCCCAAGAAAAAGAAAAGCUGCUCUAUGGUUUAGCCUCAGUGAGGAAUAUUACUCUGUUGUCAAGGUAUUUGGAUUUGCUCAAGGACCCAAACUUCAUUCGAUCUCAGGAUGUGUUUACAGUCAUCCGCUAUAUCUCCUAUAAUAGCUAUGGGAAGAGUAUGGCCUGGAAUUGGAUACAACUCAACUGGGACUAUCUGGUUAGCAGAUUCACAAUCAAUGACAGAUACCUUGGCAGGAUCGUCACCAUAGCAGAGCCGUUCAACACUGAGCUGCGACUCUGGGAGAUGGAGAGUUUUUUUGCAAAAUACCCUGAAGCAGGAGCAGGAGAAACACCAAGGCAGCAAGUGCUGGAAACAGUGAAAAACAAUAUUGAGUGGGUCAGACUCAAUAGAGACACCAUCGAACAGUGGUUUUCUGAGGUCUCUACGGAUGAAUAAUGUGUUCAAAUGCAUAUCUUACUUGUGUGAAUCUGCUGACUCUCUUGUCAAGCUUUUGAUGACCUAAUGGGAAGGCAAUAUGGAGGAAGCCUUAUAUGCAGACACUGCUUUCCUAAGUACUGUAUUUAUGUGUCUUGCAAAGCUUUCAAAUUAUCCCUCUUUUUUAAGAAGGAAGAUAUUAAUGGAGUAUUAAUAUACUCAGGGAUUUUUUUCCUAAGUGUACUUCACGGGAAACUCUUUGCAAACUGAUGAGAAUUUAAUAGUCAUUUUAAUGUCUUUAAAAUAUUCUUUAUAUCUUAAAUCUGUGAAAGAAGAACAAUUUGGUCUUAGCUUCGCAUUUCUAGUACCAAAGAAACACCACUUAAUCUUCUUGUUUGAUUGGUUUUUUAAAGCUUAAAUACCAGUACUUGAGGGACCAAUAUUACCAUCUUAAUCUUUAUUUUAUCAUUCAGAAUUACACGGGCCUAAUAUCAUUUUAUUCACAUAUGUCUUACUACUUUAAAUCCUACCAAAGUAAGCUGGGCUUAAAUUUAACUUGAUUGUAUGAAUUAGCUGAAGAAAUGGCUGACUGUUGCCUUUACUCUGCUAAAACCAACAGAGGAACUUCUCUUUCUUCUUCUUUUUUUAAUAAAUCUAAAUGAUUAUCUUUUAAAAAUACUGUUACCCAGUGUCACUUUACUCUUGAAUAAAAAUGA